AGCACUCUCCAGUCAGUUUGUCAUGCAAACUCCCCACUCAUAUUGGCUAAAUACGAACACUGUUAGAUUAGGGCAAGUCGGUUCUAGUCUUGGGAGCAAAUGUGCCAAUGCAAAGAGACCACAGGCAUUACCCACAACGAUGUACGUAGCACCAACAUGCUAGGGGUGAGGCACUCUGGUGAGGAAGCCAGAACUGCCCCACUACCCAUGCUGUGCUGGGGAGACAGAGAGGCCUUUAGGCAGCGGGGCUGCCAGUCUGGAACCUUGCAUCAGCAGGAAGGGCAUUUUUUACAGUGUCCAUGGCAGUGUUUGUGGGUUACUAAUAUUAGCCCCCUUCAGAAUGCCUGUGCACCAGAUGCCUGAGCUCACCAGGGACUCCCCCAUCUUUAGAUAGAUUGGGCUAGAUUUCCCAGAAUACUGAGGUGCCUGAAGGUGCAGGCAGACACCUAGUGGGGUUCACUAAAGCAUGGAUGUUCCAGCCCCAGAGCAGCAGCAUUGCCACUGACUGAUGGAAGAGGCGGGAAUAGGCUAGGAGCCCGUGCUGAUGCCUUUGUUUCCAGAGGGAGAAGGGCAGGUUUUCCAACCAUGACACCUCUCCCAGGUAAGUUAUCCAGAAGUCAUGCAUGCAACAGCCUUUAACUCAGGGACUCCAGGCUCCAUACCUACAAUCAGCUGCCCAGGUAUCCCCAACAGCUGCAUUUCUGGGAGGAUUAUUUCAUGUUUUUGAUACACACAUGGCUGGAGUCACCUGUAUUCUGCAUGUCUGACUGGUGCUUGUGCCCAGCUCUGCAGCCAGGCUCAGUAACAGUCACUGGCAAGGCAAUACAAAGGCACACAGGGCAAUUUUUCACUCUAUUGGCAGCAUGAAUGGAGCCCCAAUGAGCUAUCACUUCCUCCCUGAUCAUGUUCAAUCUAAUAUUUCAGCAAAGCAAACAGACGCUGACUCUGAGCAGAACAGCUAUUUGGCACCAGAUCACACUCUUACUUCUUUUCUGGUUUAUAACAUUUCUCUCACUAGAAAGUCUUGUGUGUGUUGUGCCCUGGGUUAUUUUUAAAUAGCCCUUCUCCCUACCCCUCAUGAACAGUAGGUAUAUGCACCCAUAAGCUAUUGUCUCAUUGGGGAUGGAGGCUUUUAGCAGCUUUUGCAGAGUCAGCAGUGAACACCUUAAUUGGGAUGCCCUCUUAUUAAAGAUGUCUCCCAGGAAGCCAGUUCUGCCUAAUGGCAGUGAACAGCAAUGACAACUGCUUAAUCAGACCAGCCCUGGCAUGAGUCUGCUUAGUGGGGACUCUGUGCUUUAGCCCCAAGGUAAAGUGGUGGAACAGCAGGGGUGAAAUGCGGAGGUCUCGUCCUUAUACAGAAGUUGCCUAAUGAAGAUGAAAAGGGAGAAGAAUUGUAGGUGCAAUGAAGCUGCCAUGCAGAGCGUCCCCUUCACUCAGGCACAGUCUGAGUCUUGUUGGACUGUUUAAGUAGUUCAGCUGCCUGCCUUUUCCUCAAACUCUCACACAGACCCAAACUCUCUUGCUUACGGCUGCAAUUGCUAGACAGGGUCAGCCUAUAAAACCUCCAUUAACCCAUGCCCCACCUGCCACAAACUACGUCCUAGCCAGGUGCUCUCAGCCAACCAGCUCUUCAUCUCCUAGCAGGCUGCAGCGCACAGGCCUCUGGACAGAACACUGGGGCUGGCCAUGCAUGCGGCUCUCAAGAGAGCAGGACUGGAGGAGUGACUCCUCUGGGCUCCACAGCCCAACAGGCAGGUUUUAUUAACUACCUCUGUCAAGCAGCACAGCAGCUGAGCCCUGGCAACAAGAACUUUACCCUCAUUACCACAGCAGGAGCCCCAGCUUGGGGGCUGAGCUGCCUCAAUUCAAGUCACCGAAGUCAUGGCCAGAACCCUUUUCAGCUUCACACAGCUUGCCUAUCGCUAGGGGUUUCAUAGAGCCAGGAGCUGAAUGAUGCAGUGUUUAAUUCUGCUUUACUACUCUCCAAAUUCACUCCUGAUCUGUCGUAACAAGAAGUUACUGGGGCUGGGAAUCAAUUCAGAUGGUCAAUAAAAUGCCACAGCAUACACACAAACCCUUUCUAAAUUCUCCCCACCUAGUGUUCUCAGCCCUGUUCUCAGCCCAUCCCUCCCCGCUCAAACAUAGAGUCCAAGGGCAUCUGGUUUGCUAGAUCGCUACCUCGCCCUCGUGCUUGUAACAUAAUACACAUGCACAUUUCUGCUGCAGUUUUCAUAGAGAUUUAAAUGAAAUGGAGAAUCCUGAGUGCUUUAUGCCCAGUACCUGGAGGGCUGUAGAGCAGGGCAGGCGAUGCGAGAUGCUGCUGUAUCCAGCCCAGCCCUGCAGCAGGAGAACCAAACCAAGUGCCUGGGAGUCAUCAGUCCAUAGUGAAAGGAAACAAUGGGCUCCCGCCUGUAGACCGGCUGCUGAAGUUCCUGGUGGAUAGUUCUGCCGACUGCGAGGAGGAAGUUCAGUGUGCAAACUGCGAUCAGGAGUGCAAGAAACAGGAAAUGGACACCAUGUAUUUCUGCAACACCUGUAACCAGCCCCUCUGCAGCAAGUGUCGCGAAGAGACCCACAAAGCCAAGAUGUUCUCUCGCCAUGAGAUUGUCUCCUUGACUAAGCGCACUAAAGACAUCCACAAGAAAUGCUCUCUUCACAAGGAACCUUACAUCAUGUUUUCAACAGAGAAAAAAUCCAUGCUCUGCAUUAACUGUUUCCGGGACAUGCAGGUAGAAAGCCGAGCCCACUGCAUUGACAUUGAGACUGCAUACAUGCAAGGCUGCGAGAAGCUCGACCAGGCUGUGAUGGCUGUGAAAGAGCUCCAGACGUCCAUGCGAGAGGCCAUUGUCCUUCUCAAAGCCAUGAUUGAGGAGGUGCGCAACAGUGCAGAUGAGGAAAAGACAUCCAUCAACUCACUCUUCAGUAGCAUGCAGGAGAAACUAGCAGAAAGAAAAAAGAUGCUUCUGAAAGCUGUUCAGAGUCAGUAUGAAGAGAAGGAAAAGGCAUUUAAGGAGCAGCUCUCCCACCUGGCAUCCCUGCUGCCCACCCUGCAGGUCCAUCUGGUCACUUGUUCUGCUUUUUUGAGCUCUGCAAACAAAGCCGAAUUCCUGGAUUUGGGAUACCAACUGAUGGAGAGGCUCCAGAAAAUAGUUAAACUUCCACAUCGCUUGAGACCUACACAGACGAGCAAGAUAAACACCGAGUACAGGGCUGAGUUUGCCCAUUGCUUGGAGCCACUGUUGCUGCUGAAUCCACGCCGGUCUGUGGUGGUGAGCGGAGGCGGCAUUGGACCAGGGAUCAGCAAUGGAAACAUGCUCUCGGGUGGUCAGUGCUCCAAGACGCUGAUAGUGCCUGGCUGUUCCCCUUCCUGCGAUAAGAUGUCCAUCACAGGCUCCAUAGUUCGAAAGCCAACCAUGCAUCGUUACAUCAGCACCAAGGUCCUGCUGGCCGAAGGAGGGGAGACGCCCUUCACUGAGCACUGUCGCAACUAUGAGAACAUGUAUCGGGCCCUGCAAACAGAGAUUCAGAACCUGAAGGAUCAGGUACAGGAGCUGCAUCGUGACCUCACAAAGCAUCACUCCCUCAUCAAGACAGAGAUCAUGAGUGAGAUCCUACAGAAAUCCCUCCAGAUGGAUGUGCAGAUUGCCUCGGAGUAUUCGUCUGUGGAAAUGAUGCGGAGCAUGUUUGAAGAGAUUUGGGAGGAAACAUAUCAGAGGGUGGCAAAUGAGCAGGAAAUUUAUGAAGCACAGUUACAUGACCUGUUGCAGCUGAAACAAGAAAACAGCUACCUGACAACCAUCACUAAACAGAUUGCCCCCUAUGUCCGCUCCAUAGCGAAGGUGAAGGAACGGCUGGAGCCCAGACUACAAGAACCCAGGGAACUGAAGGAUGACCAGACAGAGAACCUGCUCAAAAUUUACGAUGACAGCACAGCGACCAGCGACACACACAGGAACGACUUGACAAGAAGCAUGGAAGACAACAGGGAGCCCAAAGUGGACAACCAAAUGCUGAACAUUGUCACUGAGGAUCCCCUACUGAAAGACACUUACAAAACCAAACAGAAAGGUGGGACAGAGAGUCCCAGCCAGAAAGAUUUUACAACUUAGGCAAGGCAGAGUGCCAAGGAGCUGCACUGCUUUGCAUUUCAUAUAUACAGACAAGACUUAAAUAGAAGUUUCUCGAGUACAGUUAUGGUUGAGUCAGGCUGGUAUUACAGAGGAUCUAUCCAUUGAAAUAGACUUGACCAGACAGGCAGGACCAGCAUUUCCAAAUUUAGUUUGAUGAAAUUGAGUCUUGAAAUGCAGACUAAGGCUUCACCAAUUCAGUGAAUCUAAAUACUGUUCUCAUUACAUUAUCAGAUGGUUUUUAAUCAGUUAUGGUCUGAUUUCCCAGACCAAUUUCUUUGGCUGUUUGUAUUUUCAACCGGGUUAUAUUGUAUUUUUCUGUAUCAGUAAAUUCAAACCUCUAUUCAGCAGAGAAGUCCAGUAUCUCCCAAGUCAGAACUCUUCAGUGGGCCCCCAUCAGGUCAGUAACUUGUUAUUGGAAUGGGUCUCCUUUCUCCUUCAUGUGGAAACUUUGAAAAAACAAAUACUGAUACUAUUUCACACCUGAAAUCCCUUACCUCAGCUGCUCAAAGCUAACUGUAAGCUCUUGGUCGUGAACCUAGAAACAUGGAGUGGUAUAAGCCUAAUUUUGACAUUGUGCUAUCAAUUUAUUUUAAAUGCAUGAAAACAGCUAGCUCUAUGUAAGUUUUAUUCCCACUACCCCUAGUCCCUGCCCCAACAACUUAUUUAAAAGCCUAGCUAAGUAAACAAUGCAUUCUUUAUUAAAAGUGGAAUGUAGCUAUUUCCUCAAACAGAAAGUCACCCUGCAUAGCCUUGAAGCUGGGUUUUGGGGCGGUUUAUGGUUUUGAGGCGGUUUAUGGUUUUGGGGCGGUUUUUUUGGCAAGGAAUUGUUUUUAAACACUUCUGCACUUUAGUGUAAUGAGAUCAGUAGGACAAUGUUUUCUUGAGGUUUUUAUGCUGUAGAUUGUUCAGAAGCCUUGUUUUCCAUACGAGAUGUACACAGCUUUGUAUAUUAAAAAUCUGAAAAAAUAAAAUAUCAGUUCUUGAUACUUCAUGCAAGUUGUUAAUCUAGCAUGACUACAGCCACCAGGGAAUUCUCGGCAGGCCAGACUGCAUGGCACAACAACCCUCUCACCAGCAGACUUCUCAGGAGAUAAAUGUCCUUCUGAUAAGUUUCAAAGAGAAUGUAAGGGAAACAUAGUCACCACACCUUUUCAGGUUAUUUUAACCAAUCAUAGUUUUAUUUAAUAAAUGGAAAGAAUUCUCAACAUCCGCAAAAGAAAAGAGCCUUUAAAUAUCUGUAAUGAACAUUUCUUCAUGAAGAAAAAGGGUAGCAUUACUCCAUUCAUUUAAUACACAGUUGGUCUCAGCAGGCCCAAAUAGAUUGUGAAGUGAUUCUAGUAAACAGUUUUUUUCAGCACAAACAGACUUCAAACAUCUUGUGAUAUAACAAGGUAACAAUCUCCUAUUGCAACAGGAAUGUUGAGGUGUUUUCAAGGCAGGAUAUGACUUCCUCCUCAUAUCCCAAUCCAAUGACAAAUUACCAAAUAAAAUAAAGACAGUGAGAUCAGAGGCUACUCCAGGCAGUAAAAAAGUGCAAUAGAUGGACAGUUACUCUGUGCCAUUAUUUGAAAGUUGUAUUCUGACCGUCAAAGAACAUUUACUCUGUGCUACAAGCAGAAUAUGAAAGUCAAGGAACCAGGGCAAAGUAAAUUCCUAAAGUUGUAACAUGUUUACAAAAAACAACAGUUUUAGGAAUUAGUUGUUUACAGAGUGACGACGUUAUUUUUUGUCUGACAUUAGAAUAAAUACUCUGUGUUCUUGCUAACCCCUCACCUCCAACUUACAUUAUUAAUAAUCAAGUUUCCUUUUUACAGUUUAUGCUAAUCACUCUGUCCUUCAAAAACCUUUGCACAAUAAAAAUGGAGAGGUCAGUUUCACUUUCUGGUUCUCCUGCACUAGGUUAAAAUUGCAAAUUUUAAACUGCACACACUGCAGGGGAUAGCUUAAAUAGAAGCUAAGUAGGUGACUUGGAACACUUCUGCGACCUACUGAACACAUACAAGUUCUAAAUUUUUGGCCUGAACAACGUGAUAGUGCCUUUUACCCUUGUUAGUAAAUAAGGGUCAGUGAGCCAGCAAUCCGAUUGGUUGACAAGUUUAAUUUGGUAGACUGCUUUAAAAUACAUAGAAUUUUAUGUAGCCUGUAUCUCUUAUUAGUGGUUAAGAUGUUUUCCCCAGCUGCAUAAAUACUGUUUGUAGUAGUGAGUUGAAGUCCUUUCACACAGGACUUCAUAAGUUAAUUGCUAACAUGAGACUGUGCGAACCUACCAUGGGCCAGAAUGAAGUUCUUAUUCACUUGGUACAGAACUAGAAGUUGUUCAUUGAUAGAGUCUGAUUUUUUUAAAGACUCUGUGCUGCAGCAUGUGCCAAAGGGUCCAUUUUGAUUAAUAAAUAAAUGGAAAACCCAAUUUGAACUAAAGGGUGAUCUUCAUUUCUUUGUGAAUUCUGACUCACCUUUCCUGUGGGAAUGGGGGCUGCAGCAAUCAUUCCAGAUAUUUACACCACAGGAUGAAGUACUAAGAUCCCACACCUCCAGAAGUGGAACAUUAGCACUAUGUACAUUGACUUGGGGCAAACUUUUCAAAAACAUCCACACCUCAUUUUCAAAAAGUGAUUUAGGUGUUUGAAAGUUUUGCCAUUGGUCAAGAAGUGUGAAGAUUAUCCUUCUGACUCAGCAAACCUUGGGAUGAACCUACACGCCCUGCACAAAUCUGAUUUUUGUGCAAGUUCUUGUUAAUUGUAAAUUUCACCCAGACAAUAACUUUGGGGCAUUGCCACUAUAUUAAAAUAAAUUUCAGGAAGGCCAUUGAAGAAAGUGCUUUUACUGACCACUGCAUCAACCAAGUAAAUCAUUUGCUGUGCCUAUUCAUAUUCUUGCUGACAGACAUAAUCUAAAGAAAAUGCAUUCUCACUGUGACAACAUGCAUCCUACAAAGGGCUUAUUCAACAGAACCUGAGGCUUGGUGGGUGCUAGUCAGAACCUCCAGCUACACAGAUGAGAAAGGUCUUCUUCCAACAUAGCUACAGAUGUUACAUUUGGGUGUUGACUCAGAACAUGUAGAUAUAUCCCAAACCCAAAGGGUAACUGUAGUAUCUAGGCACCAGAACUGAUGUCCUCAAUGACAGAGGCAUUAAAAAUACCCAUGAUACUUUGCAUAUUCACAUGUUAUCCCAGGCAAGUGAAAUGAUGUGAAGCAUACCAUUUAUGGAGAGUCAAAA